AUGGUUAGAGAAUUACAUGAGCAUGGAUGUCAUGUGGCUUUAACCUUUGAAUGUCUCAGUAUAUCGGACACUAUUGAUAGAGUGCGAAGUCCUAAGGCCGGUGCCAUCGUGCUCUUUGCAGGCACAACGCGAGAUAGCUUUCAAGGGAAAGAAGUUAAAGAGCUUGAAUAUACUUCAUAUGAGCCUCUAGCAUUACAGACAAUGCUCAAUAUUUGUAAGGCAACACGAGAAAAAUACUCAUUGACCGCAAUCGCCAUAAUCCACCGACUGGGCAAAGUUCCAAUUGGAGAAGAGAGUAUCCUAAUAACAGCCUCAUCACCGCACAGACAAGCUGCCUGGAGAGCUGGAGAAGAAGCUCUCGAAGAAUGCAAGGCUAAGGUCGAAGUUUGGAAGUGGGAGGAGAUGGCUGACGAGAAUGCCAGCUCGUGGAGAGCAAACCAGGACGCUGUUGAUCCAGAGAAAGUCGGUGUAAGUCAUAAUGACGAGUAA